AAAGGUAGCACAUAACACAAACGGGAGACAGAUCGGAGUUAUCGUUGGUAAAAGUAGGCUGUGUGUAGUUAUAGUGAUUCGUGGGUGUUUACUGUAACGUGUGGUAAAAUAGCUGAGAUAAAGAGCAGGGAAAAAACAGUGUGGCUGUGAAUAAAGAGAACAUUUUCUAACAAUUGUACAUAAUAUGUAUGCAGAUUGACAUUACGAGUGUUGCCGAAGCAAAUUCCGUUUAAUAUCUGUUUUCGAAGUACAAAUAUGCGUCUUGAAAUUCAUUCUGCCGCAAACUUUUUGGUGCAUCUUCUACGACUGCAUCACAAUGGACUGACUGAAUCGCAGCUUGAAAUGUUCAAGUGCUCGUUAACUGAUGUGCUACGGUUACGGUAUCAGGAGCAUUGGUUCCCAGAGAAGCCAGCUCGAGGUUCGGGCUAUCGCUGUAUCCGAAUUAACGGUAAGAUGGAUCCUGUUAUUGCCCAGGCUGGUACCGCUGUCGGGCUCCCUGCAUCGUAUUUGCACAGCCUAUUCCCAUCGGAGUUGACUAUGUGGAUCGACCCAGCUGAAGUGUCGUACAGGAUUGGUGAGAACGGGUCUAUAUGUGUCUUGUACGAGGAAUCAAACAGUGGCCAGGGCGCGGAAGAUUUGGGAUUGGAGAGGGUGACAAACGCAGACGGUACUAGCGGCUCCAGUGGCAGUAGCAGCAGCAACACUACAUCAUCGACAUCGGGCUGUAAGGAAUCCAUGAGAACAAUUGAGUUUUUCCUGGACCCUCGAGGAGUGCAACCGUUCGAGCAGCUGGCGGCAUUUGUGUCCAGUUGAGCGAAUAUUUAACAUUCCCCACGCCCUAAUCUUCGUCAAUCACCCCACCGUACACGUUUGACGAUUACCUACCCCGUGCCCUUUCUCAUCUCCCGCCGUAACCCUGCCAAAACUGGUAUAGCCCUUGUGAUCUCAUUGUAAAUGUCUGAAUGAUUAAUUUCUCAGUCUCCCGUAACUCCUGCCGCACACCAAUCGGCCCCAUAAGGUAAUGAAUGAUAAAAUCAGGGACCAAAGUGUUACUGUACAUGAUGUUUAACUCAACGAAAAGUGGCAGUGCAUGUCAUUGCCAUAUACUUAUUUUCUCCCAGAUUUUUGUACAAUUGAGAGACUGUUUGAAUCUGUAAUUGAAAGCGGUUGGACAUGUGAUAAUAUAUGCUUCAACACUGUGAUGUGUAAUAAAAGAAAAGCAGGGCUGACUGUUUGACAGGGUAAAAGCGAUAUGUACUUAUAUUAAUAGGUUACAAAUAUAUAUAUAUACAUACAUACAGGAGUUUUUAACAUGACUGCCAUAAGGAAAAGUAGAGUCCUUUAAGCUUAAAAUAUGUGAGAUAGAGAAGACUGCAGAGAAGGACUUAGUAAACUUUUCAGUAAAAGGUACAAAGCUGGAAACAGCAGUCUGUGAUUUUAAGUUUUGGUUGCAGUAUUUUUUUUAUGUUAGUUCAGUUGAGCUAGCUAAGAUUUCUAUAAAGUCAAGCUUGAUUUUUUUCUUUUCUUUCAUGUAAUAAGUCAGUAGUAAUUAAAGUAAUUAAUAUUAUACGA